AUAAAUACAGAGCUUGCCCACGCACCGGCACAUUGCAUCGCACUACGCACAUCUACACGAUACCCAAGCAGCAAAGCUAGAAAGAAAAACCAUGGCGUGCUCGGGCAGUUUCCUACCGAUAAUGCUCCUGCCGCUGCUCCUCGCCGGCGCCGCGGUGGCGGGCGGCGCCCCGCCGGGGCUUGGGCUGGCGCAGCGGCUGGCCGACGGCGUGGGGCAGCAGCAGCAGCAGUGCUGGGAGGUUCUGAUGGAGAUCAAGUCGUGCACGGGGGAGAUCCUCCUCUUCUUCAUCAACGGCGAGGCGUACCUGGGGCCCGGCUGCUGCCGCGCCAUCCGCGUCAUCGAGCAGAGCUGCUGGGCCACCGACGCCAUGCUGUCCGUCAUCGGGUUCACCCCGGAGGAGGGGGACAUGCUCAAGGGCUACUGCGACGCCGGCGACGAGCACAAGCCGUCGCCGCCCCCCGCCUCGCCGGCCGUCGGCUACGUCGCCGUCGGAGAGAACGCCGCCGUACCGGCCGGACGGAAGAGCCUGGCGCUGCAGCACCGUUAGUUACACACCGCACUCACACUGCCACGUGUGAUCACGUCCAGGUUUAAGCUCGGGAAUUGACUGGGUUGACGUUGUAGCCCGAGUUGCGAAAUUCCUCGUGCUUUUGACGAGAUCAUUAUAUAUAAAUAAAAAGAAUGUUUUCCGUGUGUUUUAGCUCA